UGUUGAAAGAAAUUCAACAAUAUUUGAAGGAGUUAUGGAGGAAAAUAGACAAGUAUUUGAGGCUGAUGAAGAUGCAUAUGGAGGCAUGAAUGUACAUAUCAAGGAGUCAAUGGAUUCUAUCAAAUUCAUUGCUAUGCUUAGGGCAUCCAUUUCACAAUGGACGAAUCAGGGAAAGAAGGGUGUUUGGAUUAAAUUGCAUAUAGAAUAUGCCCACCUAGUUAACGAUGCAGUCAAGGAAGGAUUUUGGUAUCAUCAUGCAGAGGCAACAUACUUGAUGUUGGUGUAUUGGAUUCCUCAAACUCCUCAUACUAUUCCUGCAAAUGCUUCUCACAGAGUUGGUAUUGGGGCUCUUGUUAUUAAUGAUAAUGGAGAGGUAUUAGUAGUCCAAGAAAAAAAUGGGACAUUCAAGGGCACAGGGGUGUGGAAACUGCCUACUGGGGUUGUUGAUGAGGGGGAGGAUAUAUGUGAUGCUGCUAUAAGAGAAGUACAUGAAGAAGCUGGAAUCAAAGCAGAAUUUGUAGAGCUACUUGCAUUCAGGCAAAGUCAUAAAUCAUUCUUUGGGAAAUCGGAUUUAUUCUUUGUUUGCAUGCUAAAACCACUCGCUUAUAACAUCCAGAAGCAAGAUUCUGAAAUCGAGGGAGCGCAGUGGAUGGCUAUUGAGGAAUACGCAGCUCAACCUUUUAUAAAGAAGCAUGAAAUGUUCAAUAAAAUAGCAGAGAUUUGCUUAGCAAAAAAAGACAACAAAUACAAUGGUUUCUCCAAAGUGCUUAUGACUUCUGCAUUUUCUAAUAAGAGAACUUAUUUGUACUACAGCCAAAACUAAUAGAGACGUAAACAUUAUUUAAAGUUUAUAAAUUCUGAAUUU